CAGGUCUUACCUUACUUUGUGAUUGACAAAUUGGGUUACUUGACUGGAGUACCUGGAAUUUUCAUGGCGUGUCUGUUUAGUGGCGCUUUGAGGUAACGCUGGUAAUUUCAUGCAAUUAAAAUGAGGAAUAUAGUUGUAUUAUUUUCAAAGAGUUUUAAAUCAUGGUUUUCUUUACAGUACGGCGUCAUCUGGUCUCAAUUCGUUGAUCACUGUCACGUUGGAAGAUGUAGUCAAGAAAAGAUGGACAGAUCUAUCAGAUUACGAAGCAACGAAAUUGUCAAAAAUAUUAGGUAAGUUAAUCAUAUAAAUCAAAGUCAAUCACUAUAAAUCAAUGCAUUUUAUAUAAAAGUAUGUGCUUUUUUAAAACAUAUUAAUUGAUUAGAUUCUAUUUGCUGUUCGCACGUUUCGUGCACAAUCAUAAUUCGGAAUUAUUUGGAAGGUGGAAAGUGCACAUUUUCCCUAAUUCAUUAUAAAAGAAAAUUUAAUUCAUGAUUGCAGCCAAUGCAUAUUUUUAAAGAAUUGCAGUAUUUGUACCUAGCCAGACAAGUUCGAAAUUAAUUUCAUUUAUUAUAUGGCAAGGCGAUGCAUGGGCGCUAUUACAAAGAUUGAUCGUUUGCGAAGAAAAACUUUUCCCAGCAAAAAAGGCUAUAAAUAUGUGACCUAUAGGUAAGAUUUUAUUUAGAAUAACUUACUAAUUUAUUGAAACACGGAUAUACAUCACUUUGUAAUAUGAUUUAUUAAUAUGUUCGGUGAAUACUUUUACCGUAAAGUUAAACUGAUCAUGAGGGAAGAUAUUGACAAUAUUGCUAUAGAUCCACGGUUGGUUGAAUAUCGUAGACCUGAAGUUAAGUUAGAAUAAUUUAUUCCUCUUUCUGACCAAGAGGUUCAUGACAUAAUCAUUGAGUCUUCUGCUACAUCUUGCGAAUUGGAUCUUAUUCUAGCAUGGUUAGUUAAAAUGUGCUCCAAUGAACUAACACCUAUUAUCACGAAAAUCAUCAACCUAUUCAUGCAAGAAAGACAUGUCCCGGACGUUUGGAAAAUUGCUCUACUUCAGCCAUUUUUAAAAACAAACUGGCCUAGAUCUAGAAGUGCUUUUUGAGAAUUUUAGACCAAUCUGCAACCCAUGGCUGCUUACUCAUAAACUGAUGUUUAAAGACUUUAAAACGGAAUUCUUGAUAAUUGGCACACGUCGUCAACCAUCGAAAAUUCAAAUCGAUUCUGUACGUGGGAUUUCCUUGGAGGCGUAGAUAUCAAACCUGUGGAAAGUGUCCGAAAUUUAGGUUCCUGUUUCGAUAACCGCAUGUCUAUGAAUACCCAUGUCGGAAACGUUUGCAGUAAAGCAUUUAUAGAAGAUCGUACAACAUACGUCAAAUAAGAAAGUUCCUAUCAAUGGAAUCGACACAAAUCCUGAUACAUGCUUUUGUGACGUCUCACCUAGACUAUUGUAAUUCCCUUCUAUCUGGAAUCGCUAAGUACCAACAUAAACGAUUUCAGAGAGUCUUAAAUGCAUGCCGCUGCUAGCCUUACUUGCCAAAGUCCAAGAUUUUCCCAUAUAACACCAUCAAGUCUCCACUGGCUACCUGUAAAAUUCUGAAAGCUAGGUCUACAAAAUUGGUCUACAAAACCCUUACUGACAUGGCUCCUAGCUAUAUCUCGGCAGUAAAUAUAAAUUAUUAGUAUAAUUUUUGCAUAUCAAAUGAGCUUUCGCGCGUUCUGAUUGGCUAGUAAAUCUGACGCAUUAUUUACUAGCGGACUAGUAAAUAAUACUUUUCAAAAAGAACGAUUCGGCAAAUUUGGUUUUAAAAUCGACAAAAUAUUGAAAAGAUCGUCCCAGAAAACGAAAAAACCCCACAAAAUGUUGUAUUUAACUUGAAAGGUAGGAUUCCUUUAUUAUUUUACUGUGUCAAACAUAUUCACGGACAAUUUAAAACUUAUUUAAAACUCCGAAACAUUAACUUCAAACAAAUAACAAAAAUUAUCCCGACUGUUGGGAAAAGCAGUGAGUUCUUUUAAAACAAUUUUGUUUUGUAUCCUAUAAAUAUCUACCUAUCAAUAUAAUUUAUACGAUACUAUUUCUUUUGAUAUGUCGUGUUUUCAUUGCGCUGUAUGGUGUCUUGACGCUGUAUUGUACUAUUGUGGUUUUGAAACUUGUAAAGUGAAAAGUGUAUUAAAAUUUUUAUAUCUCGAACGAUAUAGUUUUACAUUUCAUUUCACGUCUGGUGAAAAAGUUAUUCCAUCAUUGUGUUUAUAUUCUAAGCAGAAAUCGAGAAAAACAAAUUUGUAAUAAAGCAAUAAAGUCAAACAGGAAGCCAUUUUGAAAGCGCAUGCGCGUAUACAAGAAACACUGCAACACUAAAACAGUAACCGUAUACCGGUCGAAAACAGUUCUAUUUCUGAAGUUUAAUAAAACAAUUAUUCACCUCAGGCUCAGUGAUUACGGUGAAUAUUCACCUCGACUUCGUCUCGGUGAAUAUUCACCGGUAUAUCACUUCGCCUUUGGCGAAUAAUUGUUAAAUAUCAGAUGACCAAGGUUUUCUUCAAGUUCCUGUCACUAAACUAAAAACUGCAGGAGACAGAGCUUUUGCACUUGCUGCUCCUGGCCUCGAAUUUGGAACGCUCUGCCAUUAAAAAUCAGACAAAGCGAAAACAUUCCUCUUUUUAAUUAAAAGACAAUUAAAGACAUUUCUUUUUAACGCUUUUAAACUUUACUACGUUUUCAAACUUUAAUACGUUUUUAGUACAAUUACUUAUGGCAUUAUAUUUAAAUUUAUAACAUAGAAUCAUGGGCGUAUGGGACGGGGGCACGGGGGGGGGGGGCACGUGCCCCUCCCCAAAUUUUUACAGUCGGGCAAAAAUCAAUGCGAAAUUCGGGCAAAACAUAAACAUUUCGGAAAAAUUUUGAUAUUUCCCGAAAAAUUUUUGUAUCUUUGCGAAAAUUACGUGAUGUUAGGGAAAAUUCUGUGAUAUGUCCGGCAAAAUUUUCGUAUGUUUGUAGAAAAGUAUUUGAUUUGUUCGUAAAAUUUUUUUUGGUAUGUCCGGAAAAUUUUUUUGGUGGCCUCCUGCCCCCCCGCUCGCCAACAAUUUUGGGGAGAAAUAUUAAUGUUCAGUUUGCCUGUUCGGACAAACUAUAUUGUGCUCCCCCCCCCUCCAACAAGAUUAGGCCCAUACGCCCAUGUAUAGCAUUCGCAACUGAUUAUGAACGCUAAUUGGCUACUUUAAGAGCCGUGUUGAUAUAACUAAAUGUCAACACGGAAAAUAUAUUUCUUUAUAUUUCUUUGUGCUAUAUUACACAAUUGCUUGUGAAAAUUGGGAAAACGAGAAAUUGUGUGUUGAUAUAUAACUGUAUAUCAACAUGGAAAAUGUUUUAUAUUUGUUAAAUAUAGAAUUAUAUUUAAAUAUAUAUUGUAUUAUUAUUACUAUUUUUAUUAUUAUUUUUUUUUAUUAUACAGUUAAUUGUAAUAGGCUGUGGGCCAAAAUUAUUUCGCUUCGUGGCACCCAUGUGGGAAAUACUUGGUUUGGGAUUUAUUUGAAAGGCAUAUAGGUACAUCACUACCAAAUAUCCCGAGAAAAUGGGUGAUCAAUGAUUAUGCUCUAUUAGAUUGUAUUACAGCAAAAAAAUGGGAAAUUCUGUAUUCAAUUACAAUAAAAAUGACUUUCAUCAUCGGAAAACGUACAGAAAACCGCAUAUAAGACUUUUAAACAGUUUUUUGAUUUUUCAAAUAGUCUUUAAGUUAUUGCUGUUUUAAAUGUGAAAAUUGGACCAAAAUGUCGCAAUAAGGACUGGGUACUAGGUCAAAAACGCGUUUUUGACAGCGUAUAACUCGAAAACAAUUUUAGAUAUAAAAAAAAACUGUUUAGAUGUCUUAUAUGUAGGUUUUUGUAAGCUUUCUGAUAAUGCAAGUCAUUUUUGUUGUAAUUGAAUACAAAAUUUUACAUUUUCUUGCUGUAAUACAAUUUAAUAGAGGAUAAUCACUGAUCACCCAUUUUCUCGGUGUUGGGCAAGUUUUUUGCUUGGGAACUUUUUGUGGUAAUUAAGCAUCUAUGGUUCUAUGAAUUGAACCACAGAAAAUCUAUUUCCCAGGUGGGUGCCACGCAAUUGCUUUUCUAGGCACUUUUUCACAACAGCCCACGGCCUAUAAUGUUAUAAACAAUUACAAUUCUUACAGAUCAUGUUCGUUCGUUCUUUUAGCUGUGUUAUAUGGUAUAGUGAUAACAGGCUGUGCUUUCGUAAUCAAAUACUUUGGUACAUUGGUAUUACAGGUAUAUAUCGUUCAUUUGGUUGAAGUGAAAUUAAUAAAUUUUCUGCCAUAGAACGCAAUUAGCAUAUUAGUCAGGUGUGGGAACUUAGAGCAAGUAAGUGACUCAUAAUGAUACAAUACCCCCAAGGAAUGCUGUAUAAAACUUCCUCACUUGAAAAUGGAUGUAUCAAAUGGCAUUCUCUCAAAUUGGUGACUCCAUAGACGUAUAGGGUGGGAGUAUGGUUGUAGCUCCCAGUCAGAUUUUAGUCGGGCAGAUUCUACUUCGGUAUAAUGUAUUUUUUUCAUGAUAUUAAUAUUGAUUAGCAAGGGAAAUAAUGAUUACCUGCAUAAUAGCAUUAGUGAUGCUUUUGGUCGACGAGGCAAGUGAGUUCUGUGUUUCUUUUUGUUUCAUUGACUAUUUUUGUCAUUUUAAUAGCCAAUACGUCAGUUUUGGUACAACGCCGCAUGAGUUAUUAUAUAUAUAUAUAUAUAUAUAUAUAUAUAUAUAUAUAUAUAUAUAUAUAUAUAUAUAUAUAUAUAUAUAUAUAUAUAUAUAUAUAUAUAUUAUAAUAGUAUAAACAGUUAGUUUCACAUUGAAAGUUGUUUCAUUAACUGUAUGUACACAAAUUGCAUAUAUCGAGAUCGAUCAGGUUAUCAGCUAUUAAAUAAUCAUCAUACAUGCAUUUUCCAUAAAAAUAGGCUACGGCCCUGUAAGUACUGAUUGGAAGUACUUUUGAUGCAGUUAAAGGCACUUCUUCCACAGCUUUUUUUGCGCAAAUAGUUCUACUGUAUCACUUUCUAUUUAUCGUUUUAAGAAUGACUUUGUAUAUGUGUGUGUCUGUAUAGGAGAUGUGUUCUUUAUAUUCCCCUUCCCUGCAUCCUGGUGCCUUUGGUCAAAAUACAGAAGUUCUCUUCAUUUGUACAUGUACAUGUACAUGUACAUGAAUUUCCCUAACGAUGGCACAAGUUUACAUUAAUUCAUAGUGUCCUCGAAUGUUACUAUGUUAGUACUUGCAGUUAGAUAUUUUAAUCUGCAUGACGAUUUAAUCUUUCAGCUUUCCUACAGUAUUACUGGAAUAGUUGGUGGUCCUUUGCUUGGAAUAUUUUUCUUGGGAAUUAUGAUACCAAGAGCCAAUUAUAAGGUAUGAUAAUCACGAAAUUUAUUUUCCGUUUAGGUGAUGUACACAAUAUAAAACAAUACAGGUAACAUAAAAAUUGUUGUGAAGAUAGAUCUAUAAUUUCUAUAUCAACCAGAGAUCAACUGUCAAAAACAAUGUAUAUAAUAUACUGACACUAGAAUUACUGAUCAUUUGAGAACUGCAAACUAUGGGGAGAGAUCCAAUCCGACUCCUCGCACCAAUCUCCACUUUAUUACUUGCCCAAUAAAAUUUAGGAAACAAUUAUGAGCUGAACUUGUGACAAGUCUAACUAUGUAGGGUGAAUUCUUCAGACCCGAGCAAUUUCGGCCAUUUAGAAAUUGGAACACAAAAAUAAGAAAAAUACAAACAAAAAGUAUAAAUUAUGAGGAGAACUGUGAAAUAUACAGUAAGGAAUCAUAAUUAAUAUGUUGAUAUUUUUUAAAUCUGUGUUAAUUGUCAACUAGUUGUUGAGAAGGAAUUUUUUAAAUUAAACACAACUGGAAAAUUCUGUCUCCCUUACCUAUAUCAACGAUUAAGAACUCUAGUUAUCAUAUAUUAUUGAUUACAUUCCGGAUCUAUUAUGUGUUGCAGCAAAAUGUUAUUAUGCAGUGAAAAUGGCGUAAAGCAUUGAAACUUUUUUAGUGGGAUAAUAAAGUUCAGUUGAGAUGUACAACGGUGCAACUAUUCUAUAUUUUACUUAGAGUUAAGUUGUUAUAACGUGCAGACUAUACGAGUAUACGACCAUUUCACAUCAGUCCUAAACGAGUUGGUUAUCACGCCAUAGUUAAACUUACGCAAUUCUUGCGUUUAAGUGCAUGACUGGAUGUGCGCCAGAUUAAAUAAGCAUGCAAGCGUACUACCCGUUAUGGACAAAAAUUAACAUUAAUUCCCCUGUUUAUACGAUUGCUUCGGGCCAAAAGACAUUUAAAUAUUAUACUGUUAUAUUAUCAUUUUACAGGGUGCCUAUGCUGGAGCUUUUGUAGGCUUUGUCUUGACAAUAACCAUCGCACUCAGUGCCGUGAUUUAUCCUCCUAACAAAAUGGCUGGUAGUAUAUCAAUCAAGGCAUGCAACAGUUCUAUCUAUGCAAAUACAACAGCUGAUGGCAUCAUGUCAAAGACCUUCGUACCACAUAGGUACAGGACUAACCAUGACCACUCCCCAAUACUGCUAUGAAAUCAAUACACCAUUUUCUAUAUGUAAAUUUUGUUAGUUUCAGUCCUCCUAGUGUUAGUAGUGAUAUUGUGUUACGUCGUAAACCUGGUACCUAGGGGCUGUAUAAGGUUGGUUACUUAAUAUAAAUUUAAUAUAAUGAAACAUGGACACGUGAUAUAUAAAAACUAGCGAAAACAUGGUGAAUGCCGCCAAUAUAGUUGUUUUAGUUCAAAUUGUUAUUACAUAGUAAUCGUAAUAUAAUAUGAACAACAAACAACAUCUAGGCUUCUUUUCAGUUUCUUCUUAGGGGAAAUGAUUACCUCCCCUCCCAGCAGGAAUGGGACAAAGAAAAGUUUGCGUUAACAAAACGGCGUAUUUGGUGUGAUUGCGAAACAUACAUGUUUAUAAUAAUUUCUAAUACGUAUUUAUUUUAAUUACUGUAAUGGCUUCCAUGCUAAAAUUUCGUUUUUACCCCUUGUUAAAAUGUGAUUAAUUUUAACGAAAGUUAAUGCAUAGAAGACUGUAUUAUUACAGAUACUGUACGGUAACAUUUCACAAUAUUUCCGUUGUUAUCGUGCUUUCUCGCUGGGCAUUAACAAACAAACAUAGCACUGGAAAUGUUGAAAAGUAGCAAACAAUACAAACCACUAAUGUGUAAUGUGCUUCUGCCAAAACGAUGUGCAAUGUAGUUCUGCAAAAAACGUACUGUACCAAAUAAAUUGCAGUUUCAAUAUUCAAAUUAACUUUCUCAUGUUCUUUUGAAGUGAACCGUUCGCAAAACUUGGGAGUCUAUCAUAUUUGUGGUAUGGUGCAACUGGCGUGGCUACAACAUUUGUUGUGGGAGCUAUAGUCAGCUUGAUAUGUGGUACGUACUGCCAGAUCAAUAUUAAUUGAUAUUCACUGUGAUUUUGAAAGGUAGCCUAAUUUUAGAGAUGCCGUAAAGUCCGUAAUGUAAACAAACGCUUUAUAAUUGUUCACAUUUUGAACUGCUAUAUUUGUAAAAUAUGAUAUUCUAACUGAAUAUCUGGUUCGCUAUGCAUGUAAAUGAAUACAAGCCAGCUAGUUCAAAGAUGCAAAAUUUGGGCAAUGUUUAUAUCUGCGAUUCCCCCUUUUUUAUGCAGAACGGACUUUACAGCAUCUUUAAAGGGUUUUGGGAAUAUCAAAGUAAUAUCUCAAUUCCAAUACUUACAAAUAUAUAAAGAAUGCUGUGACGUACAGUAAUCAAACACAUUGUGAGGGAAAAAAACACAACAAAAUUCUGUGUGACAACCUGUCUGCACAAUCAGGGCACAAUUGUGUGCAUGUUUUUCGGCAUCUUUAAGUUUCAUCUUCAAUUGCGUUUCAUAAUUUCCUAGUAAAACUUUAUAAAUUGCAGUUCGUUUUCUUUUCUUUUCAUUUAAAGAAACAAACACUGAUCGCCAGACGCGUCCAGGUCCAGAACUCCUGUUCAAUAUUCCAGAUUUCUUCCGAUCAUUAAUAUGUUGCAAGAAAGAAAGCUGGAGUUUGGCCAGCGAAUCUCCACCAAAUCAUCCUUCUGACAAUGAGAAAAAAGCAACGG